UUAUUGUAUUGUUCUAAACAACCACGACAAUCUCCCCCCCUUUUUCACAUUGAUAGAUAUAUAACUUGGCUCAUCCAAGUCUUAUUACCAACUUAACCUUUAGUCAUUCCUUUUAUUUAUCCUACACUCCUUUAAACUUCAAUACCCCCACCCACAUACCCACAAAACAUAUAUAUACCCACAAUGAAAUUCUCAUAUACAACGUUGUUAACUAUAUUGUCUUCGAUAGUCGCCGUCCUGGCAGACUGUGAAAACGUUGGAGGUAACUACUAUUGUUCCGCAACCAAGAAGGUUGUUUAUAAAGGUGUCGGUUUCCAAGGUACCUACCAAGAUGUCACCAACAUGGACGACACCACUGGAACUUGUUCCCAACAACCAUACUCCUUCUCCGGUAACUUAUCCCCACUAGACGAAGAAUUAUCUGUCCACUGCAGAGGUCCUUUGAAAUUAUUACAAUUUGGUGUCUACUACCCAUCUGGAUCCAACAACCAAAAGAGAGAACAAGAAGACUGCACCACUAGACACAUCCACCACAAACACAAGAGAGGUGUCGAAAUCGUAGAGGUUACCGAAACCGUCUUGGUCGAUGCCCAAGGUAACACCAUCACUCAAUCAACCACACAAGCCACCACCGUCGAAGGUACUUUACCAACCACAUAUUCCAAUAAUAACGAAGGACAAACUGAAAGUCAACCACCUCAACCAAGCACCAGUGCUGCUCCUUCUCCAAGUUCAUCCUCCUCCCCAUCAGCUGCUCCAUCAGAAGCUCCAUCUGACUCCGCAUGGGUUAGAAGCUCCUACUAUACCCCAGGAAGCGCUGACAACUGUGUCUUCUUAAACUACCACGGUGGUGCUGGUUCUGGUGUUUGGUCAUCUGCUUUCGGUAACUCCCUUUCUUAUGCCAACUCCGACAACUCCGGUGGUUCUUCUUCUCCUGUAGCCUUGGGUGAUGUUACCAUUGGUUCCAAUUCUGAAUAUGUUAUCAUGGCUGGUGAUGACUGUAGCCAAGGUAGCGGAUGUGGUUACUACCGUCCAGGUUCUGUUGCCCACCACGGUUUCGGUGGUGCUUCCAAGAUCUUUGUUUUUGAAUUUGAAAUGCCAUCUGAUGGAUCAAGUGGAUUCAACGGUGAUAUGCCAGCUAUUUGGUUAUUAAACGCCAAGAUCCCACGUACUUUACAAUACGGUGAUGCUUCCUGUUCCUGUUGGAAGACCGGAUGUGGUGAAUUAGAUUUGUUUGAAAUUCUUUCAUCUGGUUCUAACAAGUUGAUUUCUCACUUACACAGUGGUCAAGGUGCUUCCCAAGACACCAACAACGGUGGUGGUGGUUCUCAAGAUUACUUUGUCCGUCCAACUUCUGGUUCCUUAAAGGCUGCUGUUGUAUUUACCGGUUCUGACAUCCACAUUGUUCAAGUCGAUGAUUCUACCGACUUUUCUGCUGGUUUAUCUGCUGAUGUUGUCAAUGGAUGGGUUCAAGAAUCUGGAUCAGUUGCAUCUAUUGGUUACUAAACAUUAGACUCACUGUAUUAGCCUGUCUUUUCAAAAGUAUAAAUUUGUUUCGUUAUGUAACCUUAUCUUUGGAGUUUUUAUCUGUAAUUAGAUGUAUAUGAUACCUAUUAUAUAUCACUUUUAGUCGGAUAAUCACUGUAGUAUCAAAUCCUUAGUUUGUAGAAAUAAGCUAAUAAAUGCUU